AUGAGGCGAGGAGAAAGGCACAGGCAUGCAAAAAGGAUACAAAUUACCGAGGAGCUAACGCUAUCGGACCACAAGCUGGUAUCCCUCCACCUAAAAAUCCCUAAGAGGUCCAGACCAACAAGAGUAGCACGGAAACCAGCAAUAAACUGGGAGAAAUUGAGUACUGAGCAGACAGCUCUAAAAUUCCAAAAGGAGACCGAGACAAAGGAGGUGGACGAGUAUAGCUCAUGGAGCGAAAUAGCGACAGCGCUAACGCAAGCUGCAUUAAAGGUAUGUGGAAAAAGAACCAGGCAGAUAGCGAAUCCGUGGCCGAUCGGCCACGAAGAUGAGCUGUCACAGCUCCAUAAUUCCAUAGCUUCGGCCGUGAGGGAUAGAAACGAAUCCUUAGAGCAGGACCGUCCACUCCAAGAUAUACUGCGUAAUAGGGACAACCUUAGGAAAGCAAGGGCUAAAAUGAAGGGGAAGCUGAAAGAAUUAGAACGUGAAUGGUGGGAUAAAAUCCUAGACGAAUGCCAACAGGCCAACAUCAAAGGAGAUAUGGGCACCAUGUACCGAACACUACGCCAAUUAGGCGGCAGAGAUAGGAAACCGGAUACUGGCACAACACUCACAACUGAUGAAUUCAAAGCCCAGUUCGAAGGAGUAUUGAAAAACCGAUAUGAAAUCAGCCCUCAGCUUCUAAUGGAUACUGUUGCACGUAUGGGGGAUCACAGAGCGGAAAAGAAGUAUAUCGAAGAAAAUAAACUGCUAAAUGAGACCCCAUCGGAUAAGGAAAUACAGGACUGCAUCAGUGAAAUAAGGGAGUCCGCGCCCGGAAAAGACAAUGUCCGCAUAAAGUACAUCAAAUUGGCCAGCCCACAUGUUAAAUCAGCAAUAGUGGCCAUGGUUAAAAAUAUGUUCUUAUUCCGCGCCCCGACAUGGGACGAAAUCCUAAAGAACGGACAAAUAGUACCCCUACAUAAGAAUUGCGGAAAAAAUGAUGUAAACAACUAUAGAGGAGUCUGCCCAUUGGCCAUGGGCAGCAGGAUCCUAGCAAGAAUUCUGUCCAAAAGACUAAGAAAGUGGACAGAACGCCUAAAUCUUCUAGAUGACAAUCAAAGCGGCUUCAGGACCGGAAGGUCGACUGCGGAUGCAACACAAAUCCUGGUCAGAAUAACAGAAGACGCAGACGAUCUAAAGAAGAGGCGAGCAAUCUGGAACCUGCCUCAAAUUGAACAUACUGACCCCGAAGCAAGGCUUUUGGACCUACGUAAAGCGUAUCCCAGAGUGAACAAACCAGCUCUUUGGGAAAUCCUGCGAAACUACGGGAUGAAAGGACCCUUCCUAGAAUCCCUAGCAGAUUUACACGAGGCAACCAGUUACCAAGUGAAAGGGAAGGAAGGAGAUAGCGAGGAAUGGAUCCCAGAACGGGUCUCAGGGAGGGUUGCUCGACAUCGCCAUGUCUAUUCAAUAUCUAUCACCAAGUGGUAA